AUGCCGUCACUCAAGAUGGGCGCGACCCAUAUGGCGCUAUUUGCGCGUGACCUUGCUUCGGUUGAGUCAACAUUCACAAGUUGGGAUAAGUGUAUGGCCAAAUCAUACUGCAAGUGGCCUGUGAUUGUUGCGAUUAUCAUCGUGGCAGUCAUUCUCAUCGCGGUUGUAGGUUGCAUCGUUAAUUGUAUUUGCUGUGGUUAUCGAUGCUGUACCGCUUGCUGUGGUUGCUGUUGUCCGUCUGGGCGCCGCAGGAACAAACAGCCUAAAUACUAUGAUGAACCUCCAUUGGUUCUCCCAGGCCCGAAUCCUGCAUACAAUCAGACUCCUGCAUACAAUCAGCCCAUCGCCGCGACACCACCAGUGUACCGUGGCGCAGUGCAGACAGCUACUUUUGACUCCUUUAAGUCACCUGCAGCCCAUAUCAACGAAGAUGCGCUCCCAGAAAUGCCAACGUGGGCUGCUGCCGUCGAUAAGCAUGUCGAAGAUACCAGCCCACACGAGGACGUAGAAAUGGAGCCAUUGAAUCCCCCGGAUCGGAAGCUUGGUGCUGGUACGCCUCUGCACGGUAAUGCCUUCGCAGGAAACCCACCGGAUCGGGGUGCAGGGACACCCGCCAAUGCUGCAUACAGAGGGUUUACCCCGACUGAUCCCUACGCUCGCCGCUCACCCGCCCCGGCUGCGCUAGCUGCAACCCAGGAUCCGUAUGGCCGACGCUCACCUGGUGUAAAUUCCCCCGCCGCCGCCGCAGCUAUUGACCCGUACGCCCGCCGCUCACCUGGCCCCGGCGCCGCAAUAGAUCCAUACGGUCGUCGAUCCCCAGGUCCCGCAGCCGCCUUUGCCGCUGCUCAGGAUUCAUAUGCUCGCCGUUCCCCAGGACCCAAUGCUGCUUAUGCCCCUACCCAAGAUCCCUACGGCCCUCGCUCUCCUGGUCUGACCCCGCCCGUCGGUGCCGUAAGCCCAUAUAACAACCAAACGUAUGACCAGAACCAUGGCUAUGAUCAACACCAACCCUAUGACCACGCCCAGGCAUACGAAGACUACAGCCCUGGCGGGGCUAACCACACCGGUACUGCCUACACACCCCCAGUAGCAGCUUACCAGCCACACACAAACUAUAAUCCCGUCCCAAUGGCCUUCUCCUCAGCCUCGGACUCAGCACAUAACAACGCCGGCUUCACCCGCCAGCCAUCGUUCGGCUCAAGCCAGUACCCACCCACUUACACAUCCCAGCCUCCAUACCGUGGUGCUUCGCCCGCUCAGCCCGCAUCUCCACCACCUUCUUUCCCUGCUCCCUCAUCGCAUGAUUAUCAGAGCCAUGAUUACCAGAACCAUGAUUACAGCUCUUACUUCCCCGUUGAACAUGCUGUUACCGCGCCCAACGGCCAGGCCGUCAGUCCCACACAAGAGACUAGGAAUCGCCCGCCAACCCUCUUGAUGAGUGGGCGGCAGCCCGCAACGAACUUCUGA